GCACCGCGUACACUUUGUGUGUUUGCUUUUUGGACUGGCUUUCGCGAAACAAACGGGCCGGAAAGUGAUUUGUCGAGGCACCGUCGGCCUCGCCGACCCGUUCUGCGAUGUUCGCGUAAGGAAAGUGAAUCCCACCGCUAAAGGCCUCUCUGGAAAGUCCGCUCCUCGACAAGGGUUGAUUCCCGGUUUCGGUCGGUGUGCGGUGCAAACGCCGUGUUCUCCCACCGGUGGCAGCGACGGGGAUUUGUCCUUCUGCUUCCCCGGAAAAAGGACUGCCUACUGGGUAACGCCUAGCGGCGACCGACUUUCCAACUCUCAAGCUAAACAUCGCAGCAGGCAUCGCGUAAUUUGACUCCAACAACAGCCACAAGAUGAUGUUCACGGGCACGAAUCAGCAGCAGGACUCCCGGUUCUCGGACAAGGAGAAGAAGCUGCUGAAACAAAUGAAGUUCAGCGACAACCUGAACAAGCGCGUCGAUAUGUCGAAGGUGAAGCUGGACGUACUGCGUCCGUGGAUUAGCCAGAAGAUCACGGACAUGCUGAACAUCGAGGAUGAUGUGAUCGUCGAGUUUGUGUACAACCAGCUGGAGGAGGAAAAGUUUCCCUGUCCGAAAAAGAUGCAGAUCAACCUGACCGGCUUUCUCAAUGGCAAGAAUGCGCGCGUGUUCAUGGAGGACCUGUGGUCGCUGCUGCUGUCGGCACAGGAAUCGGAAGCCGGCAUACCGGCCGAGUUCAUACAGCAGAAAAAGGAAGAAAUUCUGAAGCGCGAAGAGGAAGCUCGUCUGCAGCAGGAGGAAGGUGGCCGUGGUGGUGGUCGCCGUUCGAGAAGCCGCACUCGGGACAAGGAAGAUGCAACCGGCACUGGCACUGCUGCUAGUGGUGGUGUUGGUGGUAAAUCUAAACCGAAAAACACUGUGCGCCAGAUGUACAAACCGGAACCGGAGGACUAUGUUGAUGAGGAGGAAAAAAUGAUCGAGGAAUUCAUCGAAGCGGACGUGCCGAAAGAGUCCAAAAAACCGCCAGCGGCACCCCCUGUACCCACGGAAAGUGGCGUAAAGAGCAGCGACCCCGCUAAAGGAGCGCCAGCGUCGGAGAAGAACUCACGCGACCAUUCGGUAGCGCGGCGGAAAUCCGUGGAACGUGGGAAAUCCGGCGAGCGGCAGGAUCGGAACCGAAGGAAAUCGCGCGAUAGGUCACGGUCUAGAAAUGACCGAAGAGGUGGUUCACGAGAUCGGCGUGCUUCAUCUCGCGAUCGUCGCUCUUCACGCGAUCGCCGGCGCUCUAGAUCCGGUGGGCGCCGAUCACCCGUUGACCGUGCGCGUAAACGUGGUAGCCGUUCGCCACGCGAUAGACGGGCCAAUGAUCGUGAUGGUCGUCGUCGGUCACGCAGUAGCUCUCUGUCCAAGAAAGAGAACAGUAAGAACGGAAACGGCAAUUCGGCCGCUCUGUCGAAACUGCAAUCCAAGCUCAUGAACAUGGCUGAAGGGAAGAAGGGUCAGGGCAAGAAAGGAAGCCCUAGCCACUCAUCGGCCGGUUCUCGAUCUCGUAGUCGGUCUGGAUCCGUGAAACCGAACAAUCGCAAAAAGCCGUCGGUCAGUCGUUCACGAUCGGGAUCGAAACUAAGAAAAUCGGCAAAAGGACGUCCCGGAAGCCGAUCUCAUAGUUCGAACGAUUCUUCUGAUUCCUCCUCGUCCAGUAGCGAAGAUGAGCCGAAAACGAAGGCGACCGGGGGCGGUGCGAAGAAGCGUAAUGGACGGAGCAGUCGUAGCCGGAGCCACAGUCGACCGAACCGUCGAGAUACAUCACGUUCCGGCAGCAGCCGUUCUCCUUCGAGGGGACGCAAAGGAUCGGACGAUUUCGAGAUCCAGAAAAAGGAAAACAGUGUCCAGAAGAAGCGUCACUAUCGCUCGAAUAAGGACUCAUCGGAUUCGGAGGCGGCCGAAGCACAUACCGCCAAAGGAGCACCACGCCGUCGGCCACCGGAUGCAGAUAAUGAUUCAGAUCGUCGGAAACCGAUGGCUGGGAGGGGAGGUGGUCGAGAACGCGAUCGACGGUCUGUUUCGCGUGGACGUGGUCGUGAAGAUGGUCCCCGCGGAGGCCGUAAUGCGCGAUCCCGAUCUCGUUCCCGGUCACGCAAUCGUUCCCGAUCACCGAGGCGAGGUCGCUCGCGAUCUCCUGGCCGUCCGAUUGGUCGUGGGAAUGCUCGUGAUGGCAAUUUCAAUCGACAUCGUUCACCUCCGUCUCGUGGUGGUGGUGGUGGUCCAGGACGAGGACAAGACAAUCGAGAUCGCGACCGUGACCGUGACCGCGAGAGGGACCGGGAGCAGCGCGAUCGCGAACGAGAGCGAGAUCGUGACAGGUCCGGCGGAGGUAAUGCGCAAAACCAGCGUUUUGGAGGAGGACCUUCGAGUCCAUCGCGUGGCAGGCGACCGAACUCUCGGGAACGGGAUCGAAUGCAGAAUGAAAGGGAUCGUCGUACCGGCGAUGGAGGUCGUAACCGUGAUGCUGCGAAUGCACCGAAGUGGCGUCGUUCGGCCGAUCGUGGGGAACAGCAGCGAGGCCACCAGCAAAUGGGACCACCGGCGUCGAACCGCUACGACGAGCGUGAUCAUCGCAACAAUCGUGAGGCUACCGGUAACCGUUCCUCAACCGGUGGCCAAGAGCGCGACAGUGUAGAGCAGCAGCACCAGCAGCAACAGGACCGUCUGAAUCGUAGCGGAAGUGGAUCGGUACGGGGUGGACGCAAAACCUCCGAAAGCCCUGCCGGAUCUACCGGUAGCCAUCGUCAGUCAGCUUCUAGAAACUCUAAUACACGCGAAUCGAGCGACAGGCUGGCCGAGGAUGCUGCAGCCGAACGGCAACGCAGCUCAACGGAGCAUGGAUCCGCCGAGAGGGCUGAUGAUCGCCGUGCUGGUGCACGUAAGCCACACACACAGCAACCAGCAACAGCUAGCGCCGCCCCUGUGGUAGCUUCGGAAACGAAGAAACUGAACGAUCAAAUUGUUCCAAAGGAAACGGUAUCGGCGAGCAGCAAACGUGCCACUGCAGCGGUGGCAACGAAUGAGGACAAGAGGGAGUCCAAAUCGUCAUCUGGCUCAACGCGCAGUGCCCGGUACAGUAGCAGCCUCUCACGGACACCUUCUCCCUUCCUGAAACCUCACGAACGCGAAGCGUCAGAUCUUGUCGCCUCGGGUCCUGGUCAGCGAGAGGAAAAAACCAAUGUAUCUGCAGCAGCCGCUAGUGCCAGUACUGCGACUACUGCCGGAUCUUCUGUUUCUCAAAAAGCACAGAAACAGCCGAAAGCAGCUAGCACUAAGCAAGAAUCGGCUGUCAGUUCGGGCAGUGAAGACGAGGAGGAGGACGACGAUAGUUCGGGAAGCGAGAGUGAAGAUUCGAGGAAAGCGAAGAAGAAGCUAUCUCGCAAGGAUGAAGAUGAUCGGAGGCAACGGGAGGCAGCCGCAUUGCUGGCUGCCGCAGCAGCACGCAAAGCGGAAAAGCUCAAGAAACGAAAGGCGGACGCGAAAAAGCAGUCUGGAAAACGUCGCUCAUCAUCCUCCUCUUCAUCCAGCAGUGAGGAAGAGGACGAUGAUCGCAACGCCAAGGAUGGCAAAUCGUCGGACGAGAGCGACGAUAGCGAUAGGCGGAAAUUGAAAAGCAAAGAUCGACGUCCACCAAAGAAAGCCACUCGCAAAGAAGAAGCAACGAAGACUGGCACCGCCGUGGAGGAUCAUCGGAGCAAAUCAUCGAACACCGCGACCGUUGCUCCGGCGAAGGAAAGCGACGUGACGGCGCGAAAGGUUCACCGAGACAGCGGCUCUAGUACACUUGCUGCCGAUUCACAGCCAGGCAAGAAGCGCAAACACUCGACCACGGUUGAAGUCGAUGAGAGCAAGGCGAAGCAAAAGGAAAGUUCCAGCUACCUGUCCUCGAAAGCGAAAUCAACUGCCUCCAACAGUGCCAGCUCCGGUGUGAAACCGGCUGGUGCCAUUGCAGAACCCGAGUCAUCCUCUUCAAGCGACUCCACGGAACGCCACCGCAAGAAGCGCCGCAAGGAGAAGAAGCGUCCACGGGACGCUUCGGAGGAGGGUAGUUCCUCCGAUUCCGAGUCCGGCAGUCGGCGCAAGAAGCACAAGAAACACCGGAAGCAUAGCAAGAAACACAAGAAACACAAGAAGCAUAAGAAAUCGAGCAAAGGAGGAGGUGGUGGUGGCGGAAGCAGCAGUAAGUACCGAGGUGGCAGCUCCUCGUCCUCGUCCGACGAUGAGGAAGAGGUGGUGCGCGAAGGGAAGAAACGCGGAUCACAGUCGCAGGCCCAAUCAGCGACGACAACGACGACGACGGCGCUCGGUGGGCCAGCCAUUAACGAUGAUCUAGAGCGGCAGUUGCGCGAACGGGCGCUCAAAUCGAUGAAGAAACAGCAGAGUAGCACCUCCGACUGAAAGCGCCACCAGGCCCCAACGUCGCCUUCAUCACCCUCACCGGUGCGGCGUUGGGGUACAAGACGAGUCAUUCUGACGCAACGUCGUGAGUAACUUGCGUUACUAUUAGUACUACAACUAUUACUACUAUUACCGCUGUUACUAUACCGUGCAACUCCUUUAACGAACAUUCGGUUUCGACAAAGGUUUGCUCUCCAGAUGUCCGAUAGUAGAGAGUAAAACGUGUAUUGCGUAUGCGUGCGCGCAUACGAGCGUUCAUUGUAUAGGAUAUUGGACAGAAGACGAGCGAGGGAAGAUCAGGCGCUAGUGCGUAAUAGUCUAUUUACGCAAAUGUUUAAGGAUUUCAAACAAAUCACACGACAUACAGCCCCCCCCCCACCCUUCCCUCUCCUUCCCUCUCCUUCCCUAAGGAGGUGUUCCCCCCCGUCAACGACCCCUACAAUUAACGAUCGUAUGGGUAUGCGUGAUCGGGAUAAAAUUGUUCCUAUCCAUUUCCUCUCAAAAGCAGGUUGUGUUGAUUCGGUUUUAGAAGAGCGGCGUCCACCCCCCUGUGCGCUGAUCACGGCAAGAUGAAGUCGAUCGAGCGGUCGAUUGCGUGCACAUUGUGUUGGUAGUUCCGCGAACGUGAUCGCGGCUGCUCUGGAUUCUUCAUCCUUUUCCUGAAGUAUUUGUACCUUUCCGUAGGCACACACACACACAGGACAUAAGAAGUUUGAUUUAAGACGCAAAAUAGCUAAUCGGAAAGAGACUAGACCAAAAGGUGGCGGCGCCUUGCCGCGUACCAACAAUUGGUUGUGUGUAUAUCGUUUAGCGUCGAUCGGACUCGUCUUUCUCUCGUCUUAAACUUCCUCUCUCUCUCUCUAUCUAUCUUUCUCUUUUAAAACUACGGGAUCUCGACUCCUGGAUGCCGGUCCUGGGAAGCGAGCUGCUGCUAGGCUAGGGUGCACGCGACACAAGCAAACAUAAUUGAGCAGACUUUUUAGCUUUUAAGUGAACGUAGCUCACUUCCCCCGAAAGGAGAAGCGAAGCGCGCGCGAGAUAGAGAGAACCAAGUAAUAAAUUAAAAAUAAAUCACUUCACGCUGCCUCUUCCCUACGCCCCCUCAGACCCCCUCCUCCAUACCAUCUCUAUCAAAGAAGUUGUCUCUCACUAUCACGCUAUUUCGAUUUACAUUGAUUGAGCAUUGGUCCGGUAGGGAAACGAGUAUGGAUUUGACCUGCAUGCUCUAGAAUCUACAGAUAAAGCCAAGAUUGCAGAUAGCAGGAAUGGGGCGCGGUCCGGUCUGCUGUGCUGUGGAUCGCCCCGCACUACAUAAGAUAAGUGUCGUGCAACGUGUGUUGUGUGUGUUGUGUCUGAAUUUUCGUACAUUUGCCACACAGCGGUUGAGCGAGCGGCGGAGACAGGACAUCCUGAGGAGUACACACGAGUAGCAAGCGCGCGCGCAGACGACUAUAGAGGCAGAAUCGAGCAACCAAAACGAAACAGCAAAUAAAGAUUAAUAAUCAUAUAGAGAACUACACAUCUACACAGCCGCUCAUACCGCGUGUACCACAUGCUCGAGAAAGCGAAAGAAAGUUGUCCCCAAAUUCUUCCUUCCUUGGAUCCUUUUUUAGUUCGGUUUCGUAACGUUUGCAAUCGUUUUGUAGUUAUAAUUUUGUUUUUGCGAAAUCAACUCAUCAACAAGCGAGAGCGACAAACAACACUAGUAGAUACUGUGAUAUCUCACCUUAAUGUACAUCCGCAAAUCAGCACCAAAUGACGGUGGCAGUAAUGAUCGUAAUUAGCUUGUAACUGAUGAAAGCUCAUGCUCAAUGAAAUACGUACACGCUGGUUAAGAUUACGUACCCGUAGCCCCUAUUUACGCUAGUCAUCGUUUAGUAAAUGUUCUCUUUAGUUUUAGUAAAUCCAAUCCAAGGUUUUGCCUAGUACAUCCCGUUUACAGUACGGUGUAGCAGCCACGGUGUUUCUUUCUAGUUUAGUUUACCUUUUGCCGGUCACUGUCGUGUUCGUGUAGUCAAUUCCGAUAGACGUAUUUAUUUGUAUUUACAAAAAAUAUACUAAUGGCGUACGAUACGCGCUUUCGUUU